UGUUUUUGUUUUUGUUUUUUAUCUUCAUAAACCCUAGUUUUCUCUCCACAGCUCUGCUUUUCUUUUCUCGCCAACUUCGAAAACCUCAGGUCCCGCUCGUCAUUCUACGGCGCCACAGCGGAGUGAAGGAACCCUAGAAGGCGGCUGCCAUGAUCUGCGCGAUUUCCGGCGAAGUGCCGGAGGAUCCAGUAAUAUCCAAGAAGUCGGGGCUUCUGUAUGAGCGCAGGCUGAUCGAGCGCCAUAUUGCUGAUUAUGGAAAGUGUCCUGUUACAAAGGAAGAGCUUGGGAUGGAUGAUAUCUUACCUGUGAAGACUAAUAAGGUAGUGAAGCCUCGACCCUUGCAGGCGGCAAGCAUCCCAGGAUUGCUAGGCAUGUUUCAAAAUGAAUGGGAUGCUUUGAUGCUAUCUAAUUUUGCAUUGGAACAGCAGUUGCAUACCGCGAGGCAAGAACUUAGUCAUGCCUUGUAUCAGCAUGAUGCUGCCUGCCGUGUAAUAGCAAGAUUAAAAAAGGAAAGGGAUGAGGCAAGGGUACUUUUAGCUCAAGCUGAGAGACAAAUUCCUUUAUCAACCGCUGUUACAGCUAAUGACAAUGCCAUUGUUAGCAAUGGGAAAAGAGCUGCAGAGGAUGAAUUUGGUCCUGAUGGGAAAAGAGUUCGUCCUGGUAUUACUUCUACCAUUAUUAGUGAACUGACAGAGUGUAAUGCUAUGCUCUCAGGACAUAGGAAAAAGCGUCAGGUUCCUCCAACAUUGGCAUCCAUUGAUGAUUUGGAAAAAUAUACCCAAGUAUCUAGCCAUCCCCUUCAUAGGACUAACAAGCCAGGCAUUCUCACUGUGGAUAUCCAUCCUUCGAAGGAUAUCAUUGCAACAGGAGGAGUUGAUACAAAUGCGGUAAUUUUUGAUCGUUCUUCAGGUCAGAUACUAUGUACGCUAACUGGACACUCCAAAAAGAUAACGAGUGUCAAAUUUGUGCCAAAGGAUGAGCUUUUUGUGACAGCAUCUGGAGACAAGACUGUUCGUGUUUGGCAAGGGACUGACGAUGGGAAUUACAGUUGCAAACACGUCCUGAAGGACCAUACCUCUGAUGUCCAAUCAGUGACGAUCCACGCUACUCAUAAAUACUGUGUCACAGCUUCUUUGGACAACACUUGGUGUUUCUAUGAUCUUGCUUCAGGAACUUGCUUAACCCAGGUUGGCGAACCGUCUGGACAGGAAGGUUAUACUUCUGCUGCUUUCCAUCCUGAUGGACUUAUCCUUGGAACUGGAACUUCUGAUGCCCUAGUCAGGAUUUGGGAUGUGAAAUCUCAGUCAAAUGUUGCCAAAUUUGAUGGACACAUGGGAUCUGUAACAGCGAUUUCAUUUUCCGAAAAUGGUUAUUUCCUUGCGACGGCAGCCCUUGAUGGUGUUAAGCUUUGGGAUCUUAGGAAAUUGAAGAAUUUCAGAUCGUUUGCUCCUUAUGAUGCAAAUACUCCAACAAAUGCCGUUGAGUUUGACUAUAGUGGGAAUUAUCUUGCUAUUGCGGGCUCCGAUGUAAGGGUUUACCAAGUUGCAAAUGUAAAGUUGGAGUGGAAUCUCAUCAAGUCUUUCCCUGAUUUGUCAGGAACAGGUAAAGUUACAUGCGUCAAAUUUGGAGCGGAUGCCAAGUACUUGGCUGUUGGCUCCAUGGACCGAAACCUCCGGAUCUUCAGUCUCCCAGAAAAUGAACCAGAAGAGCUCAGAUCUAUGGACGAGGAAUGAAGGAUCGAAAAUACAUCCAGCGGCAAAAAUGCAUCAAGUUCAGCUUUGCAUCAGUUCUGAGAUAAUAAAUGGAGAUCCAAAGGAUUGGUGAGUAAAUUAUUGACAGCUCAACUGUUAUUAUAAUUCCUGUCGCUUUGUUCCUUAUUGCCUUCCAAGCAGUGGAUAGUGAUGGGAGGAUUUUUUAUUGGGAUGGAUAAUUUUUCCUUCUGUCAAGUUUUUGUAUUAUAGUCUGUAGCACACAUUGCGUUAAUUUCAUAAUUUUAUUUUGGAUUCUUCAUAAAGCUUGAUGUUAUAUUGUACUUGAAGAAACAAUGGAGAAAUUAGAUUUAAUUUUUUGUGAAAAUUACAUGCAUAGCAUA